CCUUUUGUACCCCCUUACCAAUCACUCAACCACGAGGCUGCUUCGCCUGGUUUCAGUUGGACCAAGUUAGCGAUGCUCCCACCUCCCCGGACUUUUACGCGUCGAGGCACAAAGGACGCACAAAAGAGAGAGAUCCAAGUGGUAAUCCGUCACCAGCGCCUGUCUGAACCCUUCCCCCCUCCCCGGGUCCCAAACAAGCGGUUUGCCUUGACGUACAAGGCCCGAUGGCCCGAACGGUUUCUGUGCGACGACGGCGCCCGUCACUUGGAAAAAUCCGGAUCCGGCAGACGCACGUUCGAGAAUGGCAGCUGCCCGCAUGGAUUGUUCAACUGGUUGAUUGGUAUCCUAAGUAAUACUAGCCCCCCGGGCCCGGGGAGGCUUUGGUCGCCUCCAUCAUCAUCAUCAUCAUUAUCACCAUGCCGAACCCAAACCCAAACCCAAACCACGCCCCCCACGCCCCCCCCCCCCCUUUCCUCCACUUCCGCCCGACCUUGUGUCCCUGAUCAUAACCCAUUUCUAAAUAGAUAAAACGCUGUCGUAUAUCAUUGGCCCUGGAAGACAGACACCACGUGAACAAACGACGGGGUUGGGGAGGGGGAGGAGUCAAUAGCAACGUCAUUGUUGGUGACUGUCAAAUCCCAUCCCCACACCACGCGCCGUUGGUAUCCCGUGUGUUUUUUUGUGGUUGUUGUUUUUCCCCCCCUUCCCGUUUGUAGGUAUUUGCCUCCUGACCACCCCUCCUCCCUUGUCCCUAGUAGGAGGGGGGCAAAGGGGGGAAGGAGGUCUGUAAAAAAAAAUAAAAAUAAAAGUAAAUAAAUGUUUUCAACUCCUUGUCGUCAUUGGCAUUUGUCCCCGUGUACGCUGCUACAUUGCCCGG